GCGAUGUUGACCCAGACGGCCAUAGCAGCAUAGCUAAUAUUCUCUUACCUGUGCAAAGCGCAGUUUCUUGCUGUCGACGCUAACAGAGGUUUGUUGCUGAAACGCGUCUGCAUUCUUCGAGUUCGCUCUCUGUGUCGACUUCUGGUCGUCGAGUACCUCCUUCCAGUUAGUCGCGACGUCAAUUGCCUGCAAAGGGACCUAAGAGGAAGAGGAAGAGAACGUCUGUUUCUCUGGAGGAAAAACAACACGAUGGAUGAGAGCAAGCCAUUACUUCGUGGCAGGGAUGACGGUCAAGGGAUGUAUCAAUCGUACGGAAACAUCAUGAGCACUCCGCCUGCAUAUCCUGCUUUACCGUCGGUGCCAGGGUAUCCUGACACAACAGCCUCUUAUCAGCAAUACAUUCCGUCGGCGCCGCACGCGUCGGUGCUGCAAGCACAACCGGAGAUGGUUUCGGCAGGCGUUCCUUAUCUUCCACGCCUCGGCCCCGCAGGCGGUUAUCUGCAUCCUUCCUCUGCAGGUAUCGCCCAACCUUCGGAGUGGAAGUAUGGUCUUUUGGACUGCUUGGCCGACCUCCCACUCUGUGUUCUGAGCUGCAUCCUGCCAUGCCUGACCUUUGGGCGCAAUGUGAUGGUUCUUGACGAAGGUAACACGCACUGCGUCAUCGCUGCGCUCAUCUGGUAUGUGAUCCAGAAUGCCACUUCCUGUGGGUGUCUUUACUCUUGCGGGUAUCGGAGAAAGUUGCGUACCAAGUACAAUCUUCCCGAGGAACCGAUGCCCGACUAUUUGGUGCAUUGCUUGUGCUUCCCUUGCGCGGUCAUUCAGGAGUUCCAAGAGCUGAGGUCCCGCGGGCUUGACCCGAUGUAUGGAUGGCCGCCAAGAGGUGAUGGCUAUGGUGCGCCAAUGGCUCCUCCGGCCCACCAGGCGAUGGGUCCCGGCAGAUACUGAGUUUGGGUUUGGUGAAGUUAAAUGUGGUUUGUUUACAAAAGUCCUUUGCCUCCUGUCUAUGCUGUCGUGCUGUUUACUUUGCCUAUCUACAAAACUACCGAUCUCGGUGGAUGAUGGACGGCAUGGUACUCCCAAGGGGAUGGGGAUCGUGUAUAUCUACAUGGGCUGCAAGGCAAAGAGACAGUUGUCACCCGGAGGUGGUGGGACCAGACUGUGGAAGUGAUCUUGACUCUUGAGUCAGUGUUAGCCCGGGGCACUGUGAGGCUCUGCUAUUCUAUGUCUAUUCUUGGGAGAGAAUCUGUCUAUUGAUUGGUCUGUGACUCUGUGCUUUGGUUUCACACCGAUGGUUAUAUUCUGCUAAUUUUUUGUUAAUCUCUGUCUUUUAUUUUAAAUUUUAAUAUAUACUAUACUAUAUAGUGGUUAGUCUCUGUCCAUUUCAAUAGUGCCUGGCUCUGUGGAAUCGAAGUUUUUUUUUUUUUUUUUGUGAUUUUAUUUUCUUUUAUCUGUCUUUUUUUGGGAGAGAAUGGUGGACAUGCGGUUUACUGCAGCGAAACAGGACAAGAAAGAGGACGCCGAGGAAAAGGACGAGUGAGGCAGCGAAACACGACAAGAAACAGGACGCCGAGGAAAAGGACGAGUGAGGGGAUAUUGGGAGUGCAAACUAUAUAUAUUUGACGAUAUAUAGCCAAGUAAUGCUUGCUUGUUGGAAUUCACUGUGUGCUAAGUGGCCAUUGCCAUGAUUUGCUCCUCAUUAUCGUCUCAUGGAUUUGCACACAGGGAAUGGUGGGUUGCUAUCCGAGUCUGUUAUUCGGUGUCUAUUCUUCGAAUAGAGUAUGUGCAUUAAUUAGUUACCUUUUGAUUUGAUGUGACCAUGUAGUCAUGAUCUGAUGACUGUUUUUUUUUUUUUCCCUUUCUUAACGACUGUUUUUGGAACUUUUCAGAAAUUGUUGUGGUGGGUUCGUGGUGGGUGUUCUAUCGGCGUUGGUCCACUACGCGCCACCUGCAGAAAAUACAAAAGACAUUGGCAAUGUAUCUUUCCAUGUACUAGCGGAAGAUUUAGUCUCGUUCUGCACAUUUUGAGAGUAGUGGAGCGAGGCCCUAUGUCUACGCUGGGCUGGGAGAUAGUCUGUGUAUUAGCUGGCUGGCCUGUGCUUCAGUUCCGCCCGCCGUGGUGGUCAUUCUGAGAUGGGUUGGCAGGAGGCGGCGUUUCGUCAAAACCCAUUGCGUCGGCUUUUGUAUAUGGUUAUAAUGUUCGCCGAUCGCUUUGUUAGGCCGCCAAGUUCUUUGUCCUUAACUUGCCUAUUUCUCUCAAUCUCUGCCCAAUCUAUAAAAUAGUCCUCUCUGUUGAAGAGCCGCUGCUGGCAUUGCUGGAGGCUUCAGCAGCAUGUUUUUUUAGGGGGUCGUAGAAGUGCGCGGCCGCGAUUGUUAUACAACUGAGGCGUUUGCAAUUUUACGGCCCGCCAAUUGUGGCAGCAAUGUAGGGGAAGCAGCCGUCAUGGGGUCGGCUAGGCAUUCCGGUCGACAGCAGAGGCUGCGCUUUUUUGCGGCAGAUGCCUCAGUCCGAUGGUGGGUGGUUCGAACCAGCAUGGCUGGUUGGGGGUUGGAAUGGAGUGGGUGUUCUGUUGCGGCCGACGACUCAGUGAGUUACGGUGGGUGAAGUUCGAACCAGCACGGUACAGAAGCAAAGCUUUGCUGCCAUUUUUUUACGGUGAUGCCUGACGGCGCUAGCUUUAGAUUUACUGGCAGUGGGUGCGAGGUGCGGCCGAGGCUUAAUGCUCUUUGUGACAGAUUGCGGAGCAGCUGGAGACGGGGACCACAGCCGGAAUCCGCUGGAUGAACGCCUUCCAUGGGUUGGUGUGAUGUAUUUGGAAAGUUGCAAACUUGGCGUACCGUCUUCCGUCCUCUUUGGGAAAGUGGUUGGUAGUUCUGCUAAGUGAGUUACGGUUUGAGAAAAACAAAAAGAAGAAAAAGCG